UAAGAACAGGAAGAAACGCUCAGUGGCGUACAGCCGUGUAAAUAGUGAACAUAGGAUGCUAGGUGUGGAUCCCGACAGAAGGGCGGCUGCUGCUGGUUGACUGGAGCCAGGAUGAGACCUCCUCCCGUACCGGGAGUUCUACGUUUUCUGCCGCUGCCUGAGAGCCUGUAGCCAUGGAUGAACAAGGCUCCAACAACACCUCCUUCCUCAACUACGAGGAUCUGGAGACCUACCUGAACCGGCACAACUCCAAGUUCAUCUGGCUGCUCGUUGCCACCAUUCUGUCCUGUGGAUGGAUCAUCUAUUUAACUUAUUACAACUCUCGCAACAUCGGCCUCUUCCUCACCCUCAUCAUCAACCGGCUUUACAAGGGAGGCUACAUUCACAUCGGUUCGUUCUCCUUCUCAGUGCUGUCGGGGAAAGUCAUGUUCAGAGACGUUUACUACAUCAACCAGGACAUGUCCAUCAGGAUCCAGGAUGGCUUCCUCAUAUUUCGCUGGUGGAAAAUGUAUAACCCAAAACAAAAGCAGCAUGAUCCCAAAGCUGAGACGAGGCUGUUUGUGACGGUGAACGGUUUUGAGUUCCACGUCUACAACCGGACCGACCUUUACGCCCGGCUGCAGGAGACGUUCGGCCUGGACCCCACGCUGCUCAACGCCCGGCGGGACGAGGAGCGGGGCCCGGAGCCCCGGAACCACGCCCAGAACCACGCCCUGGACAGUGUGAACGUCCAGACGGAGAGUCCCGAGCCGUCGUCGUCAUGGCGAUCCCUCAUCCCAGUGAUCAAGCUGAACAUCAGCACUGGUCGCCUGGCGUUCGGGAACCACCACCUGCCUCAGACUCUGUGUGUGAACUUCGAGGACGCCUUCCUGACCUACGCCACCAAGCCACCGUCCAGCCACCUGGACCAGUUCAUGCACAUCGUCAAAGGGUCGCUGGAGAACGUGCGCGUCAUGCUGGUUCCCAGUCCGCGCUACCUGGGCCUGCAGAACGAUGAGCCUCCCAGACUGAUGGGCGAGGGCUUUGUGGUGAUGCAGUCCAACGACGUGGACAUCUACUACUACCAGGAUGAACCCGGCCUGGUCCCCGUGGAGCAGGACGGGUCGGAGGAGGCCGAGACGAGCAGCGAGGACGAUAAGCUGCAGGACCUCCCUCCAUGUUGGGGUCUGGACAUUGUCUGUGGAAAGGGGACGGACUUUAACUACGGGCCGUGGGCGGACCGCCAGAGGGACUGUCUCUGGAAGUUCUUCCUGCCGGCCGACUACCAGGCCAUGAAGGUGAGCGAAGUGGCCCAGCCAGGAAAAGCCCGGCAGAUCCAAGCCUUCGAGCUUCGCAUGAACAUCAUCGCUGACGCCACCAUCGAUCUGCUCUUCACCAAAAACAGGGAAACCAAUGCCAUCCAUGUGAACGUAGGCGCCGGCUCCUACCUGGAAGUCAACAUCCCCAUGACUGUGGGAGAGAAUGGCUACUCCCCCAACAUCAAAGGCCAGCUGCUGCACGUGGACACCACCAGCAGCAUGCAGUACCGGACGCUGCUGGAGGCCGAGAUGCUGGCGUUCCACGUGAUCGCCAGUUACCCCUGCGUGUGGAACAUGCCCCAGUCUUGGCAGUGCGAGAUCGAGGUCUACAAGGCCACGUACCACUUUAUCUACGCCCAGAAGAACUUCUUCACAGAUCUGAUCAAGGACUGGGCGAGCGACAGUGCGCCGGAUAUCUACUCCUUUGUGCCGUAUUCCUGGAAGUUUAAGAUCUUAUUCCACCAGUUUGAGAUGAUUUGGGCGGCGAACCAGCACAACUGGAUCGACUGCUCCACCAAGCAGCAGGAGAACGUGUACCUGGCGGCCUGCGGCGAGACGCUCAACAUCGACUUCACGCUUCCUUUCACCGAGUUCGUCCCCACUACCUGCCACACCCGCUUCAGCCUGAGGGCCGAGGACACGGACAUGCGGCUGUCGCUACCGGAGUGCCACCCCAGCCGCUACCCGCUGCUCACCCUGGCCAAGGACUACCAGAGCGUCAAGCUGCCCGGUGACGGCGCGGCGUCCGGAGACGGCCAGGGAGCCCCGUCCUCCAAAACCAGCAAGCCGCGCUGGAGGAACAUCACCAAAGCAGAGGCCGGCUGGGUGGACUGCUGGAGCGUCCCAAACUUCCUGCUCAUCAUCGACUACACCUGGCAUCCCAUCUACCCCCAGAAGGCGGACGAGCAGCUCAAGCAGUCGUUCUCAGAGAUAGAGGAGUCCAUGCUGUCUGCGAUCCGCCCCCCCGACCAGGGCGCGGCGCCACGUUUCCCCUGCGGCGCCGCCCCGGCUGCGCGGCUCCCCGCCGACCCGUCGGACCUGCCGCCCGACCGGCUGCAGGUGGAGAUGGAAAUGUCUCCGGACUCCCAGAUCCUCCUGUACGGGCCUCUGCUGCGUGCCCUCAUCGCCAUCAAGGAGAACUACUUCGGGGAGGACGACAUGUACACGGACUUUGAGGAGGCCGUGUCCAGCCCGGUGCCGUCCUCAGCCACCUCGUCAGGCCUCGGCUACUCUUCGUCUCCUGGCGCGGAGGACGGCGCACACGGCCACCCCCUGGACCUGCGGCCCUGGGAUAUCACCGUACUGAUCAACCUCUACAAGGUCCACGGCCGGCUGCCAGUGCACUGCAGCAGUGAAGGUCCAGAAGGCCCGUCCGGCUUCCUGGAGCGCCUCUGCUUCGAGAUGAAGAAAGGCUACAAGGAGACGAUGCUGCAGAUGAUCCUGUCGCCCAUUCACAUCUUCGUCAGCGACAACUACCAGCGCCCCACGGCGGACGGCGUGCUGAGAGACGGACACCUGAGUCUGUCCGGGCUGCAGAUGAGGGCGCACGCCAUGUUUUCGGCUCAGGGCCUCCCUCUGGGCAGCGACACGCUGGAGUACGCGUGGCUCAUCGACAUGCAGGCUGGGGCGCUGACUGGCAGGGUCACGGUUCCUCAGCUGGCUAGCAUGGUUGAGUGGGCAGAGACGUUCAUUUUCCACGUGGUUUCCAGGGAGUUCCAGCUGGAGCAACCCAAACCCUCCAUCAUCUGCCAGCAUGGCGUGGACCGCCGCAUCUGUGCCGACAAGCUGGGCCGCCUGCCCGGCCACUGCCGCACCUCCGAGGAGCUGAAGUACACCAUGACCCGUCUGGCGCUGGAUGGAGUCGACCUCUUCGUCGUGGAGCACGGCUGUGCCGCCAGCAUCAAGACGGCCGCCGUCCGGGUCGCCACCUGCAACCUGCACAACCAGGCGGUGGGGGAGGGCAUCAGCGCCGUGGUGCAGGACAUCAACAUUCGGCAGUACAUCGAGCAGCAGCAGCCAGGUCAGGGGCAGCCUCCCCUGCUGCGCCGCUCCGUCUGGCUGGAGGCAGGUUCGGUCAACCUCAACCUCAUCACGGCAGACAUCGCACUGGCGGCCGACCACCCAGCCAAGUGUAACGUCCAGAGACACUUCCUGGAGCUGCACGACGCGCAGACCAGAAGGCUCUGGUUUCUGUGGCCCGAUGACGCCAGCCUGCGCAGUAAGCGCAGCCGGAACCGCUGCGGCUGCCUGGGCGGCUGCAGGUUCUUCGGAGGAACCAACAUGGGUCUGGACUUCUUCAGGCUAGAGGAGCUGACGCCGUCGUCUUCGUCUGCCUUCUCCUCUUCCGGCGCCGAGUCCGACAUGAGCUACGGCCAGUCGCUGCUGCAGCCCACCGAGUGGAUCGUCACCAAGGAGACGCCCAAAGUGGACGGUAAAGUGGUCGGGCUGAAGCGGGACACGCACUCCCCCUGCCUGCCACCGGAGGUGCCAGAGAGGCGCAGCCAGCAGCACCUGAGCCUCCAGGUGCCCCAGCGCUCCCACAGCUCCGCCUCCUCCUCCGAGGAGAACAGCUCCUCCAGCGCCGCGCUGCCCCUGCUGGCAGGAGAGAGAGACUCGCCGCCUCCUAGCGCCGAGGAGCGCCGCUUCCCGCUCAGCGCCAGAACCCACGCCGACGCGCUGGGUGACGUCCCCGAGGCGUCCCCCCUGUCCCCCGUCUCCCAGGACCACGCCUCGGUGCGCUGCCCGCUCUGCUCGCCGCUGCGCCGCCAGUCUUCGGUCCAUUCGGGUCGGCUGGGCAGCACCAAGAGUCUGUCGGCCGCUGUGUUCGCCGACAAGCCUCCGGUCGCUAUGACCUCCGCCGGUGGCGGUGGCGGAGGCGUCCAAUUCAGCAGCGAGGUCUCGCGUAGCGACGAGAACGUCCUGGACUCGCCCCGGCAGCGGCGCAGCUACGGCUCGUUCCCCUUCACGCCGUCGGCCGACUCCAGCACCUUCCACCAGUACCGCUCAGCCGACUCCAGCAUGUCGGUGGCCGAGAGCGAGGCCUACUUCUCCGCCACCGAGGACUUCGAGCCGAUCAGCAGUGCCGACGAGGGGCCCGGCACGUACCCGGGUCGCAAGAAGAAGAGGCGGCAGCAGAUGCAGCAGCCGCAGCAGCCGCCGUACCGCAUGGAGAGCUACAGCCGCAGCUCCAUAUACCACAGCGUGGAGGGGCCUCUGACCUACGUCCUGAACGGGGAGCUGAUCACGGAGCCCCGCCCCCCGCCGCCGCCCCAGCCGCUGGCCGCCCACCCGUCCCAGGCCUCCUUCGUGUCGGCGCUGGCCAUGGAGGAGGAGAGUUCUGUGGAGGCGGAGAAGACGGCCGAGCCCGGCCCGGUGACCCGGCAGCCUCACGUCAUGGCCUGCUACCAGAACUACCUGGCCCACUACCAGGUGUCCAACUGGUCCGUCAAGCAGCCGACCAACAAAAGAACCUCCAAGUCGUCUCUGCACCGGCCACUGGACCUGGACACGCCCACCAGUGAGGAAAGCUCCGCCUCCUUCGACCAGCUGGCCGUGCCCGGCUUCAAGGUAAUCAAGCCGGGCCUGUCUGCCACCUCCCUGCUGGACCGCGGGCUCCAGCUGAUGGGCGACAACACCAGCACGCCGUACACGCCGCUGGAUAAAAGAGCCAUGGAGAACACGGACGAGGACACGACGACGGACGACUGGUCGCUGGAGCAGCCGCUGGCUCAGACCAGAACCACGGCCAUCGUGGAGGUGAAAGGCGCCAUCAACGUGGUUCUGACGCCGCUGGUGGCCGAGUCCCUGGACAGAUACAUCGAGUCCAUGGUCCACUUCGAAAGCGUCCGGCACCCGGCGGCCAUCUUGGACGACCUGCACGGUAAAGUGCUGACCGAGGCGUAUCAGAUCAGCAAGUCCACGGUGGCCGAGUCGAGUCAGACGGCCAAGCCGGAGCAAAAGCUGUCCAAGCCGGACGCCGCCACUCUGACCUCCAGCGGACAGACGGAGCUGUCCGUCAAACCCGACAAUGUCAAGAUAAAGGGGCUCCAGGCCAACGUCUCCAUCCCAAAGGUGAACCUUUGCCUCCUGCAGGCCUCCGUAGAGGAAGGCUCCCCGUCCGCUAAAUGCGUCCCACACGUGUCUCUGGUGGCGCUGUGCUUCGACCGGAUCGCCACCCAGUUCAGGAUGAACCGGGGGAUCGUUGAGGAGACGCCGAACGCCACCGAACAUGGCCGACCAUCCGUCAUGUUGGAGAAGUACGCGUCGGCCACCAAGAUGCAGCCACAGUCGUCCGGGUCGCUGCGCUCCAACGCCGGCAUCGAGAAGGGCAAAGAGAUCGCCGCCAGGCUGAACGUCCACCGGAUCCACAGCCAGCUGCGCGGACUGGACUCCACAGACGUGGGAACGUUCGCCAUCACCGCCAUCCCAUUCGAGAAGUCCAAGGUUCUGUUCGGCCUGGAGGACCUGGACGAGUUCUCCCUGGUGGACGAGACGGACGGCCAGGCGGCGCCGAGCGACCCGACUCGCACCGCCGCCUCGCUGGAGAAAUGGGGCUGGAUCAUGUUCGAAUGCGGCAUCGAGAACCUCACUAUCAAAGGCGGCCGUCAGUCCGGCGCCGUUCUCUACAACGCCUUUGGCAUCAUGGGACACUCGGACGGCGGCGGGAAGACCGGGACCGGCAAGUCCAACGGCUCCACAGGAUCCCAGACCGGAAGCGGCUACAGCACCGACGUUUCUGACGACAACCUGCCCAACGACGUCAUCAGCCCCAACUCUGACGCCAACGACAACUCGGACUCGGACGAGCAGGAUGAAGGCGUGGAGUCUGACGACCUGAAGAAAGAUCUCCCCCUGAUGCCGCCACCGCCCGACUCCAGCAGCAUGAAGCUAACCAUCAGGGAGAUCUGGUUCAGCUUCGCUGCUCCCACCAACGUCCGCUCAGCGUCCCAGACCAUGUCCAGGCAACUGAACCUGCUGAGCACCGCCACCCCGGCCAUUGGCGCCUGGCUCGUCCCCAUCGACCAGCUCAAGUCGUCGCUACGGAAACUGGACAUGGAGGGAACGCUGCGCGUCUGCGCCGUCAUGGGCUGCAUCAUGACGGAGGCUCUGGAGAAGAAGAGCAUCCACAUCCCGAUCCGCAGCAAGUACAACCGGGUGACGAAGCGCGCCCGCUACCUGCACGAGAACCCGUCCUGCAUGCUGUGCAACAUCCUGCACCGCUACCUGCAGCAGGCCGACUACGCCAUCAUCGAGGAGGCCACCAUGAAUGACGGUGUUCCGGCCCUGGUGACGCUGAAGAAGGGUCUGGUGGCUCUGGCCCGGCAGUGGAUGAAGUUCAUCGUUGUGACUCAGGGCUUCAAGGCCAUCGGCCUGAUGGGUCCUAGCCAGAUCGCCAAGCCCAAAGAGGCCCAGCAGAACCAGCCCGACCCGGUACUGGGCCUGGAUAACGGCGCCGCGCUGCACAGCGACACCAGCGCCGACGGAGCGGAGUUCGAGUUCGACGCAGCCACAGUGAGUGAACACACCAUGCUGCUGGAAGGAGCCUGCAGCCGCCCCCCGCCCAAGGAGGCCAGCACCGGCCCGGUCAGCGGCGUCGAGAUCAUGAGGAAGCUUUCCAAGUCCCACACACACAACGAGUCUGCCCACAGGAUAAAGGGUUCGCAUCCCUACCAGUCGCUGAGCUACACCAGCGGCGACACGGCGGCCGACUCGCCGGCCCACGUGAGCCGCGGCGGAGGGCCACCGGCCAGGGACAGCCCGCGCAAGGAGAGCCUGCUGAGCAACCUGACGGGCAGCUUCCGCAGCCUGCACAACCUGCUGGAGGGAACGCCGCAGCGGAGCGACACAGCCGCCGCCGCCAAGAGCAGCUCCCUCACACGCACAGGGACGGACAUGCUGACCGAACAUCCGCUGCUGUCCGAGCCAUCCUCCGUCAGCUUCUACAACUGGAUGUCCAACGCCGUGGGGAACCGGGCCGGCUCCGCGUCAAACGACUCCCCACUCAGUCGCUCCCAGCCAGGCGGAACCUGCACCCUGCCCACCAUCCCCUCGGCGUCGGACUUCAACACGGUUCUGUCCAGCGACCAGAACACGCUGGAUGGGACGCACUCCCAGCACAGCACCAGUCAGGACGACCUGGUGGACGUGGAGGAGGGGAACCAGUGUCCCGCCGCCGUGCAGCUGGCCGACGCUCAGGUUGUCUUCAAGCCCUUGCUGGGCUACAUCGGCAUCCAGGCGCAGGACGCCACUCCCCUCAGCUACAAGAUGUACUUUGGAGAACAUUUGUCAUUUUCGGGCAACCUGGAGUGUCUGCGAGCCGACAUCGUGGACUCCGAUACGACCAAGGAGCGGAAAAACAAGAAGUCCAGGAGGCAGGGCACCGUCAACCUUCCCCCGCUGGAGUUCAAGCCCGCCCUGCUGAUCGAGACCUUCAGUGUCAACGCCGUGGUGAUGGAGAAGUCCGCCAGUGCCCCCCAGGGGGCGCCGCUCUCCUUCCACGACCUGAACCGCCGCCACUACAACACCUUCCACUGCGACUUCACCACAGCCUGCCAGGCCAUCAGCCAGCGCGUCGACAUGGCGCUGGUGCGCCUCAUUCACCAGUUCAGCACCAUGAUCGACGACAUCAAGGCCACGCAGACCGACAUCAAGCUGAGCCGCUACACCGCCGGCUCCACCUCCCCCACCCCCACCUUCAGGGCCCGCCCCUACCGCCACAUCCUGUCCUCUGACUUCAGCCGCAGCUCCCGCGGCAGCCUGAACGGCGCGGGCCGCGGCGCCACGCAGACGCUGAAGAGCAAGAGAGGAGGAGGGCCGGGGCUUCCCGCCAACGGGCCGCCGUCCAGCAUCGACACGCUGGGGCGGCGGGAACCCCGAGGACGCAGCUCGCUGGGGCGCUCGGAGCGCCGCACCUCCAAGGUAUCCAGAAAGGGCUCCCGGGACGUGGCGGACCACAUGCCGAUCCAGAUGGACGACUCGGACUCCAUCACGGUGUCGGAGCAGAGCGAGCCGUCGGCAGAGUGCUGGCAGAACAUGUACAAGCUGCUCAACUUCUACUCCCUGAUCUCCGACCCGACCGGCAUCCUGGAGAAGAGUUCGCCGGAGAACUGCAUCUCAGAGGGUGGGCGGCGGCCGUCAGAGUCGCUCUGUAAGGUCAUCUUUGAGAACGAGAACGAGCAGCUGGAGCCGGCGACGCCCGGCAGGCCACCUGGGGCUGCGGGCGGGCGGCGGCGCAGCCUGGUGAGCGGCGAGCCGCAGCACGUCACGCUGAUCGUGUUCGGCAUCGGCAUGGUGAACCGCACUCACCUGGAGGCCGACAUCGGCGGCCUGACCAUGGAGGCGGAGCUUAAGAAGAUCCACGGGUCGUUCACGCUGAAGGAGAAGAUGAAGGAUAUUCUCCACCAGAAGAUGACGGAGACGUGCGCAUCUGCUCACAUCGGAGGAGUGAACAUCGUUCUGUUGGAGGGAAUCACGCCGGACAUUCAACUGGAGGAUUUCCCCACGUCUCCCACCAGCACGGCUAAGCAGGAGUUUCUAACCGUCGUCAAGUGCACCAUCGCCAAGUCGCAGGCGCUGUACAGCGCCCAGCGGGGCCUGAGGACCAACAACGCCGCCAUCUUCAAGGUGGGCUCCAUCAUGAUCAACAUCCCGCAGCACCCGGCCACGCUGCACAGCAUGAUGGUCCGCAGCUCCCACCAACUCUCCAAGCAGAUCUCCGACCUCAUCCGCCAGCCCGCCAACACCCAACCGAACCGUGAGGACACGCCGACCCCCCAGCCGCCAGACAAGUCGUCCAGCAUCAACCAGACGCCGGUGGAGGCCAACGAGUUCCCCCAGCUGCCCGAGGGCCUGGAGAAGAAGCCCAUCGUCCUCAAGUUCAGCGCCAUGAUGGACGGCAUCACCAUCGGCGCCGCCCUGCUGCCCUCGCUCAAAGCAGAGUACAAGAUGGGGGCGGUGAAGAGCCACGGCAUGACAGGAGCUCAGACCAGCUUCACCUUCGAGCUGCCGAGCCACAAGCUGUGCUUCCAGUCCAAGGUGUCCCCGGUGGACAUGUCCACCAUGUCCCCGUCCGCCAGUCUGUCCCUGCCGCCCGUCACCAUGUCGGGGGAGUACAUCAUGGAGGACCACGAGAGCCACUCCGACCAGAGCUGGGCCCCCGACGACUUCCCGGCCAAGCAGGGCAACUACCUGCAGGGCAACUACCUGCGAUGCGUUGCUGAGAUCGGCUCGUUUGAACACAACCUGACGACUGACCUGCUGAACCACCUGGUGUUCCUGCAGAAGGUCUUCAUGAAGGAAGUCAACGAAGUCAUCCAGAAGGUUUCAGGAGGCGAACAGCCGAUCCCGCUGUGGAACGAACACGACUCGUCCACGGACGCAGACAAGCCCAAGAUCCUGCUCUACUCCCUCAGCCUGAUGUUCAAGGGGAUCCAGAUGACGGCCACCACGCCGUCGAUGCGGGCUGUGCGCUUCGAGACGGGCCUGAUAGAGCUGGAGCUGUCCAACCGGAUCCAGUGCAAGGCUCAGCCCGGAGGCAGCAGCAGCUACCUGAAGCUGUUCGGCAAGUGCCAGGUGGACCUGAACCUGGCGCUGGGGCAGAUCGUCAAGCACCAGGUUUACGAAGAGGCCGGCUCAGACUUCCACCAGGUGGCGUACUUCCGGACCCGGAUCGGUCUGAGGAACGCGCUGCAGGAGGAGAUCAGCGGCUCGUCGGACAAGGAGGCGGUUCUGAUUACUCUGAACCGGCCCAUCGUGUUCGCUCAGCCAGUGGCGUUUGACAGAGCCGUUCUCUUCUGGCUGAACUACAAGGCGGCGUACGACAACUGGAACGAGCAGCGGCUGGCGCUCAACAAGGACAUCCACAUGGCCACCAAGGAGGUGGUGGACAAGCUGCCGGGCAUCCAGCAGACCUCGGCCCAGGCCUUCAGCACCCUGUUCCUGCAGCUCACCGUCAACGACCUGGGCAUCUGCCUGCCCAUCACCAACGCUUCACAGAAAGGACCAGCAGCGUCAGGGCCGGAGGUGAGCUCUGCAGCAGCGGCCCAGCCAAAGCCCCCCCACAAAGCCAACCACAGCAUCGACUUCGACACGGGCUCGGCUCUGGUUCUGACCAUCGAGAGCACGCUGAUCACCGCCUGCUCCUCCGAGUCUCUGGUGAGCAAAGGUCACUUCAAGAACUUCUGCAUCCGCUUCGCCGAAGGCUUCGAGACGUCCUGGGACGACUGGAAGCCCGAAGUCCGGGGAGACCUCGUCAUGAACGCAUGCAUCGUCCCUGACGGGACGUAUGAAGUCUGCUCCAGGACCACCGGCCAGCCGUCUGCAGAGAGCAGCAGCGCCGGUACCUGGACGCUCAACGUUCUGUGGAAAAUGUGCGGCAUCGACGUCCACAUGGACCCGAACAUCGGCAAGCGGCUGAACGCCCUGGGCAACACGCUGACGUCGCUGACGGGGGAGGAGGACGCCGACGACAUCGCCGACCAGAACUCGGUGAACAUGGGAGACCUGUCGGACGAGGACGAAGCCGACACCAUGUUGCCCACCGUCCACACGAGCUGUGAGGCGCCGUUCAGCCCCCGGCUGACCCUAAAGAGACGCCUGGUGAACCACAUCCUGGGCCUCAGCCCCAGGCCGCAGAGUGUCUCUGCGGACGGCUCCGACGGCGGCUCCCCGUCCGGGGCCCGGGCCCAGAGGCCCCUCUCCUGGGCCUGCGAGAACUUUGACCCCCGGCGGCAGGCGACGUGCGGCGCGGCGCUGGAUGCCCGCGGCAGGAAGGUCACCAAGAGGGUGGUGGACAUCCGGGAGCUGAAUGAACAGGCCAAGGUCAUCGACGACCUGAAGAAGCUGGGCGCCAGCGAGGGAACCAUCAACCAGGAGAUCCAGCGCUACCAGCAGUUGGAGUCGGUGGCCGUCCAGGACAUCAGGAGAGACGUCAGGAAGAAGCUGCGGCGCUCCAGCAUGAGGGCCGCCUCCCUGAAGGAUAAGUGGGGCCUCGGCUACAAACCCAGCUACAGCCGCUCCAAAAGCAUCUCGGCGGCGGCGGGCCGGCCGCCUCAGAAACGGAUCGAACGCCAGAGCUCUAAGGUCGGGGAUGUGGAUGAUUUCCCAGAAGUACGUGUGGACGUGUCCGCUCCUUCACCUCGGGUCACCUUCAACAUCCAUGACCAGAAUAAAGUUCAGCUUCUGGACUCUGAACGUUCACCUGUCAGCCCAGCAGAGAUAUUCAAGGAAACAAAACCCACUCAGAUCGGCUCUUCUGAGGAAAGUGACCCUGGUUUACAGCAGAGAACAGUGGCAGGGUCGCCUGCAGAGCCGCAGCAGGACGCAGGGACUCAAACGGCAGUCGGGUCAGGGACAGCCGAGGCGCCGGCCGCUCAGUUUCCCGAGGAGUCCGAGUGCGAUCUGUUGUCCGUCACCAUCGACGACCCAUCCCAUCCUCAUCAUCACCUUCACCUCCAUCCUCCAUCCUCUGCGGAGGGCCAGCAGUCGGUGUUCAGUGCCCCCGCCACGCCCGCCGUCUUCUCACCCAUCGUUCCCUUCCAGCACUACGACUCCAGGCGCGACGACCUGUCCUCUUCGUCCUCCGAGGACUCGGAGAAGGAGGAUGAGUUUGAGAGACCGUCGAGCUACCGCCGGCCGCUCCAUCCGUCCCAUAAGAAGCCGUCGGGCUUCUCGGCCGUCAGCCAGCUGUUCAGCGAACGCUGGCCCGGCACGCCAGCCAGCCGCAGCUUCAGCAGCCCAGCGCCGGAGAAGAACAUUGACUUUGAGCUGGACGUGCGCGUGGAGAUCGACAGCGGAAAGUGCGUCCUUCACCCUACCACUCAGCAGUCGGAGCAUGAGGACGUCGCCCUGCGCAGGAGCUGCGACCGCAUCCUGAGGAGUCUGGACCAGGAUUCUCCUCCCAAGAAGAAGAAGCUGCAGCCGGCCUACAGCUCCUCCACUCACCUCCUGGCCGGGAAGAAAGGCCCUGCCACCCUGCAGACCAAGUCCAACGACCUGGAGACGACGGUGUUCUACAUCCCCGGCGUAGACGUGAAGCUGCACUACAACUCCAAGACGCUGAAGACGGAUUCUCCCAACGCCUCGCGGGGAUCCUCUCUGCCCCGCACGCUCUCCAAAGAGUCCAAGCUGUAUGGUAUGAAAGAAAGUGGCCCAAACCCCCCCAAUGCUGUCCACUGCAAGACUAACUCGCUCCUACCUCCCCCGCCCCCACCUGUUGCUGCAGCCAAAGGGAAGGGCAUUGGUGGGGUGAAGACAGCCAAGCUGUACGCCUGGGUGGCGCUUCAGACUCUGCCGGAGGAAAUGGUCAUCAGUCCGUGUCUGCUGGACUUCCUGGAAAAAGCUCUGGAGACCAUUCCCAUCACGCCGGUGGACCGGAGCUACGCAGCCACGGCAACCCAGGAGGAGGACAUGGGUCAGUUCGACCCGGUGGACCCGCUGGAGGAAUCCUCCGCCUCGCUGGUCUCCUCCUCCACCUCGGCCUACUCCUCGUUCCCGGUGGAUGUGGUCGUCUACGUCAGAGUCCAGCCCUCUCAGAUCCGCUUCAGCUGCCUGCCCAUGUCCAGGGUGGAGUGCAUGCUGAAGCUGCCGUCGCUGGACCUGGUGUUCUCCUCCAACCGCGGAGAACUGGAGACGCCGACAGGAACCAACCCCACAGACGGGCCGCACGCGCCGUCCUCCACCCCGCCGGGGCAACACGGCCCCAAGUCACCCCCCAGCAGAGCAUCUCCCCAGCUGGGCAGCCCGUUGGGCCGGAGCCGCCACAGCAGCAGCCAGUCGGACCUGACCGCGCCGCCCAGCAACUCGUCUGGCCUGAGCUUCACCGCCUGCAUGUCGGACUUCUCCCUCUACGUGUUCCACCCGUACGGUGCCGGGAAGCAGAAAUCAGCCGUCACGGGCCUGCCUCCGGGCCCGGGCCCGCUAGACGACGAACCGUCGUCGGUGACGGGCCGGAAGGACUCGCUGUGCAUCAACCUGGAGUUCGUGAAGGUCAGCCUGUCGCGCAUGAGGCGCACCGGAGCGCCGACCUUCAUCGAGAGCUUCGUCUCCAAGGGAGGCAAGAUGGACACCACCCUGAUCAACAUCUCAGCCGUGUGCGACAUCGGGUCGGCUUCCUUCAAGUAUGACAUGCGGCGCCUGAGCGAGAUCCUGGCGUUCCCCCGGGCCUGGUACCGCCGCAGCAUCGCCAGGCGCCUCUUCCUGGGAGACCAGACCAUCAACCUUCCGCCCUCGGGUCCCGCCACCCCGGACUCAGCGGAGAGCAUCGCCCAGCACCUGUCGCCCGAGUCCAGUCGGAAGGCGUACUGGAGGACGUGGGACGGCGGCUCGGCGGCGUCGCACGCUCCGCAAUCGCCCAACGUCUUCUCAGAGCAUGCCAACAUGUCGCCCGGCAGCCUGGGGCACCUCAAGUCCCCGGCGCCUGGCCGCACCCGCAGCGUGUCCGACUCGUCUGCCCCUAGGACCGAGCCAUUGGCCAAAACGUCGACGCCCGCCUUCGGGAAGAACGGGAAGUCGGCCGGCCAGCAGGGGUCGCCGUGGGAGACGCUGGUGGUGUUCGCCAUCAACCUGAAACAGCUGACCGUCCAGAUGAACAUGAGCAACGUCAUGGGCAACAACACCUGGACCACCAGCGGCCUGAAGAGCCAGGGCCGCCUGUCGGUGGGCAGCAACCGCGACCGCGAGAUCAGCAUGUCGGUGGGCCUGGGUCGCUCCAAGCUCGACUCCAAGGGCGGCGUGGUGGGCGGCAACAUCGACGUCAACACCCUGGAGAUGGUCGCCCACAUCUCGGAGCAUCCCAACCAGCAGCCCGGCCACAAGAUCCAGAUCACCAUGGGCUCCACGGAGGCGCGGGUCGACUACAUGGGCUCCAGCAUCCUGAUGGGCGUGUUCAGCAACGCCGACCUGCAGCUGCAGGACGAGUGGAAGGUCAACCUGUGUGCAGUGGACAGCAGCCUCUCCGAGAAAAGUCAGAUCUUUGUGCACGGCGACCUGCAGUGGGACAUCUUCCAGGUCAUCAUCUCUCGCUCCACAACGCCCGACCUCAUCAAGAUCGGCAUGAAGCUCCAGGAGUUUUUCACCCAGCAGUUCGACACCAGCAAGCGGGCGCUGUCCACCUGGGGCCCCGGGCCCUACCUGCCCCCCAAAACGCCCGUCAUCAGUGCCGAGAAAGGAGCUGCGGAGCUCUCAGACGUGGACGCCGCCCAUCACCGCCACUGGCCCGGCGUGCUGAAGGUCGUCGCCGGCUGCCACAUUUCGCUCUUCCAGACGCCGCUCCCCGAAGACGCCGUGCAGCUUGGCGGCUCCAUGAGUCUCCAUGGCAACCACACAACACUGGCCUGCUUCCACGGGCCCAACUUCCGGUCCAAGUCCUGGGCGCUGUUCCACCUGGAGGAGCCCAACAUCGCCUUCUGGACUGAGGCGCAGAAGAUCUGGGAGGACGGCUCCAGAGACGACUCCACCUACAUCGUGCAGACGCUGGACUUCCAUCUUGGACACAACACCAUGGUAACGAAGCCAUGUGGCGCCCUGGAGAGUCCCAUGGCGACCAUCACCAAGAUCACGCGCGGUCGCCACGAGAACCCGCCACACGGCGUCGCCACGGUGAAGGAGUGGUUCAACUACGUCACCGCCAUGCGGAACAAAGAGCUGAACCUGCUGCGUAACGUGGACUCCAGCGGCGAGCAGAGCGGUGAGGCGGCGCGGAGCUCCAGCCUGCUCAGCAGCUUCCGGGGUUCGCACGCCUACGACCACGAGACCGAGACCAUCUUCGCCCUACCCAGAAUGCAACUGGACUUCAAGUCCAUCCACGUGCAGGACGCCGACGAGCCGGCGCUGAGCGACGCCGGCGGUAAGCCGAAGGUGGAGUGCAGCAUGGUGACGGAGUUCACCGACCACAUCUGCGUUACCAUGGACGCGGAGCUCAUCAUGUUCCUGCACGACCUGGUGUCCGCCUACCUGAAGGAGAAGGAGAAAGCGCUCUUCGCCCCGCGGCUGCCGGUCGCCCGGCAGGGCCAGAAGAGCCCCACGGCGCCGCAGGACAACGGCGGCGCGCAGAGCGAACACGACGACGCCGUCAACUACACCGCCGUGGACUGGAGGGAGUUCAUGUGCAACACCUGGCACCUGGAGCCCACCCUCAGGCUGAUCUCCUGGACCGGCAGGAAGAUCGACCCGGUCGGGGUGGAUUACAUCCUGCAGAAGCUGGGCUUCCACCACGCCCGCACCACCAUCCCCAAGUGGCUGCAGCGCGGCGUCAUGGACCCGCUGGACAAGGUUCUGUCGGUUCUGAUCAAAAAGCUGGGCGCCGCCCUGCAGGACGAGAAGGACAGGAAGGGGCGGGACAAAGAGGAGCACUGAGGGAGGGACUGGGACCCAACUGGGGUCCAAACGGGAUCUAACGGGGAGAUUCGGCUGGAACCCAACAGGGACCUAACUGGGAUCUAACUGGGACCCACUGGAACCAAACCAAUACCCAACUGGGAGAUACUUCAGGGAUCCAACUGAGAUCCAGAUUGAACGGGGACCCAUCCGGACUGAUUACUCUGACCACUCUUCAUCCAGAACCACGCUGCUGCUGCUAGCAUCAUUGACCUGAUGGACGGUCUAGUUCAUGUAAACACACCUCGGCCUUUUCUUUGUUUCCCAUGGAAGACGAUCAGGCAUGCUUCAUGUAGGAUAGUGACCAUCAGCAGCUGCUCCUCAGACCUCACCAUGAUUGUUUUAACUCUUUAUUUAUGGGACGUGGGAACGCUACGUGACUCUGGUGUUGUAGCUUGGUCCGUUUUUUAAUCCGCAGUAGAACCAGUGUACAUAGAUCCGUUUCUUAAGUGUGUUGAUUUCUUAACGUAAUAAAACCAUUUCCAUUUAGGGUGAAA